AUGCCUGCCCACUCUCUUCCCCAUAUUGACGUGUCUCUCUUCUCCGCCGACUAUGUCGACCCUCCCGAGGGCGUGGACGUCACCAGUGACUACGGCACUCCCAACCUCCUCCUCCUUUACUACUGCCGACCUGUGUCCGACUCUGACAAGGAGACCAUGAAGUCCUUAAAGACCGACCUCGAAGCAUGGAAUGCUUGGGAGCUCGCACAAGCGGAAUCGCAACUCAACAACCAGAUGAGAAAAGGCAACCUGCCUACCGACGAUUUGCUGGAGUCGCGUAUCAAGCGCACCGACUACCGCGCCAAGGUUAUCAGCGCUUUGCGCGAGCGAAGCCAGUCUUGGCUCUCGGAAACCGAAAACAGACAAUUCACUAUCGAGGUUGAGACCAACGAGGACGACAUGAAUGCCAAACUCGAGGACGAGAUCCAAGUGCGUCUCGAAUCAGACGAGAGACUGCCCGACCAGUUUGAUGUGGUUUUGCGCAUCAUCAACCGGAUCAUUGCUGCGCGUCGUGCAGACGAGACUCAGCAGUACCAGUCCACCCACGUGGAGCUGAAGGUCGAGGAGAAAGAUAAUUUGGAAAUCAAAUCCAUCUCGUUCGCUGUGUCCGAGGCAGAAAAGAAAAAGGAGGACGAUUCUGUCGUGGUCAAGAUUGAGUAUGUCAACUACCGAUACCAACUCGAUCGCAAUACCUGGGAUGAGAACAAGGACAAGGCACAGGAGAUGAUUUCCAGGGGAGAGCGUAUUCGCAGGGAUAUGACCUUGGAGAUGUGUGUUGAUGUCUAG